GGGUGUGCAGGAAAAUCGUGCCCAGGCUCCCUAAACCGGGCACGAUGAGGGUUGCAAGUGUCAUCUUAUUGCUCCUAGGAUGUCUGGUCAAUUUCUCUGACGGACAAUCCGGACGUUUCAGCUGCUACGACGAGCAGCGAAGGGCAAGACGUUGCAUGCCGUCGUUCGAAAACGCUGCUUUUCGUUUGCCCGUCGACGCGACCAACACGUGUGGAAUUAGUAAAGUGACAGAAUAUUGUCUUCAGACUGGAGUGACCGGGGCCACGAAGUCAUGCCAGUACUGCGACGCCAGGGUGCCCAAUCUGGCCCACCCUGCAGAGCAUAUGACGGAUUUCAACACCCAUUUAAACUGGACUUGGUGGCAGAGUGAAACAAUGUUAGAGGGAGUCCAGUAUCCGAACACAGUCAACUUAACACUACAUCUGAAAAAAGCCUAUGAUAUCACAUAUGUAAGGAUUCGCUUCCACUCGAGCCGUCCUGAGAGUUUUGCCAUCUACAAGAAAACAAGGGAAGACAGUGGGUGGGAGCCUUUCCAGUUCUAUAGUGCUUCCUGUGAAUCUACCUUCAGCAUGGGAACGGACCAGGUUAUUCGCCGUGGUAACGAAGCGCGGGCGAUAUGUACCGAUGAUUACAGUGACAUCUCCCCAUUGACGGGAGGGACGGUGGCCUUCAGUACCUUAGUGGGACGACCCAGUGCUUAUGACUUCGACAACAGCCCAGAACUUCAGGAAUGGGUAACGGCCUCAAAGAUCAUGAUAGUGCUGACUCGACUCAACACAUUUGGAGACGAAGUGUUCGAGGACCCACAGGUGCUGAAAUCCUACUUCUAUGCCAUCUCAGAUUUGGCUGUCGGCGCCAGGUGUAAAUGUAAUGGCCAUGCCAGCGAGUGUAUCAGCCAGACCGGUCAGGGUCUGGAGGAUCGUCUUGUGUGUAAAUGUGAACACAACACCAUGGGGCCAGACUGCGGCCAGUGUCUGCCCUUCUACAACGACAGACCCUGGCGAGUAGCCACCACCACAGAUGCAUUUGAAUGCCAACCGUGCGAGUGUAACAACCGAGCUACUGAGUGUUACUUCGAUGAGGAACUCUACCGGCGCACAGGACGGGGAGGCUACUGCAAAGAUUGCCGGGACAACACUGCGGGGGCGAACUGCGAGCUGUGUAAGCGGAAUCACUUCCGUCGCCCUGCGGAUGACAGGUGUACUGAUUGCCAGUGUAAUGAAAUAGGUUCUGUCACGUUACAGUGCGACGCUCUGGGACGUUGUCGUUGUAAGCCGGGAGUGACGGGUGACAAGUGUGACCGGUGUCAGACGAACUACUACAGCUUUGGGCCUCAGGGAUGCAGAUCCUGUGCCUGUGUGGAGGCUGGUUCCCUUGACAACAACCCUCGCUGCUCUCCUGACACAGGGGAUUGUUCCUGUAAGGAUAAUGUGGAGGGGCAGGACUGUGACAGAUGUAAGCCCGGAUACUUUGGCCUGUCCUACAACAACCCGUUUGGUUGUGAGGCUUGUUUCUGCUACGGCCAUUCAUCCAUCUGUAACUCGGCUGCAGGAUACUACUCCAGGAUCAUAGAGUCAAACUUUGAAAAUGGUAAGGACAGGUGGGAGGGUACGGACAGACAGCACAAUAAGAUCUCCACACAGUACAGCCUUACCAAGGAGCUGGGCAUAUCCUCCGAUGGUCAAGAAGCAGCCUACUUCAGGGCACCACCGCGUUACCUAGGUGACCAGCGAUUCAGCUACAACCAGUAUUUGCGAUUCACGUUGAGAAUUGGGGAAGAGCAGGCUGUCAGGGCGUCCAUUUUGGAUGUUGUGCUGGAAGGAAAUGGACAGACGCUGUCCAUUCCCAUCUUUGGGCAGGGGAAUUCCCUACCCAAGGUCACAAGGCAGAACUACCAGUUCCGCUUGCACGAGCACACCAAUUACCAGUGGACACCUCGCCUCAAAGCUCAAGACUUUGUGGCAAUCCUGUCCAAUCUGACAGAUCUGAAGAUCAGGGGGACAUACACACCAGGAGGAGUUGGGUUCAUAGAUGACAUUCAGCUGGAUACAGCGCGGCGAGGAUUUAAUGGAGGCGAGGAGGCAGGGUGGGUUGAGCAGUGUACAUGCCCAGAGGGUUAUGUGGGGCAGUUUUGUGAGUCGUGUGCCCCAGGGUAUAGGCGUGAUCCAGCCAAUGGAGGACCUUUCGCAAAGUGUAUCCCCUGUAACUGUCAUGGCCACUCUGACGUCUGCGAGGUCAACACAGGACGCUGCAUCUGUGAGCACAACACUAUGGGUGGCAACUGUGAGCGCUGUGCAUCUGGUUAUUAUGGAAAUGCACUGCUGGGUAACCCUGACGACUGCCAGCGUUGUCCGUGCCCAGGGGGUGGUCCCUGUGUGGAGCUGGCCAAUGGCGAGGUUGUUUGUACAGAGUGCCGUGAAGGAUACACGGGCAGUCGCUGUGAGUUCUGUGCAGAUGGUUACUAUGGUGAUCCCACUGGUCGCUACGGUGCACCUCGGCAGUGUGAAAGAUGCAGUUGUAAUGACAACAUUGACCCCAAUGCUGUUGCUAACUGUAACAGGACCUCAGGAGAGUGUCUGAAAUGUAUCUACAACACAGCUGGAUUCUACUGUGAGAAAUGCCUGCCUGGUUACUAUGGCGAUGCACUGGUUUUGCCAAAAGGACAGUGUCAAUCAUGUAACUGUAACCCCCGGGGCACCCUUGUAGGAGAUCGUGACCAGGUUCUUAGCUGUGACCCCCUCACUGGCCAGUGCCCGUGUCUUCCCAACGUCCUUGGCAAGUUCUGCGACCGUUGUGAGGAUACUUACUGGAACCUUGAAAGUGGAACAGGUUGUGAGCCGUGCUUUUGCGACAGAAUUGGCUCUCUGAAUGGGACAUGUGAAACCCGUUCUGGACAGUGUAUCUGCAAAAAUGGCGUUGCAGGACGCAAAUGUGACCACUGCCGCAGCUACUUCUGGGGAUUCAACAGGGACGGGUGCAGAGAGUGUGCCUGUGAUCCUGAGGGCUCGUUUGACCUCCAGUGUGACGAGUACGGGAACUGCCCCUGUCGGCCAAGCGUUGGGGGUCGCCAGUGUGACCGGUGCGUGGAGAACAAGCACAACAUCACAGCCGGGUGUGUGGAUUGCGCCCCGUGUUACAACCUUGUCCAAGACCGUGUCAACUAUCACAGAGAGAAUCUGAGAAAACUGAACGACACGAUCAACCUGAUUGUCACGAAUCCUCAGAAAUUCAACAACACGGAGUUUGUGAAGCUGUUACGUGUUGUGAACUCUUCAGUCAUAACGCUCCUGAACGAUGCGAGGACUGCGAGCGGACAGCCAGGUGGAGAUGGUGGCAUGGGACGACAGUUGGAGGAGCUGCGCCGCUCUAUACGUGAUGUCCUGGGCCAAUGUGGGCGUAUCUCCCUCAUGGUGCGCGACGCGGCCUCUUCGUCGCAGCGCAGCAUCCGUGACAUAGACGCAGCGGAGGAGGCCAUAAACAGAGCGGAGAUCAUUCUGCUGAAUGCUGAACGUUACCUGCUUGAUGAGGGCAGUGAGGCGCUGAAGAGAGCUAAAGACGCUGUCAAGAUAUUCGGUGACCAGUCCUCUGAAAUGAAAGUGAUUGCAGAAAGAGCCCAGCGGGAAGCCAAAAGACAGAUGAUGGAAGCAGACAGGAUAGACAUGGUAGCCAACGAGGCCCUGAACACGUCGCGAGAAGCACUGGAGCUGGCCAUGCAGGCUCUGAACAUGCCAGGCAACAUACAGAUAGAGAUACAGCGUCUCAGACAAGAGUAUGGUGAUGCUGACCGCUUGUUUAAACAGACGCGUAUCUACGCAGACAGUGCACGCAGCCUGUCCCAAAGGGCCUAUCAGGAGGCUCUAGAUCUCUAUGCAGAGGCCAACGCCUUACAGAUCCCUGGGGCAGACGUGACACUGCUGACAGAGGACUCGGAACUCAUCAAAACUGAGUCUCAGCAAAUCAAAACACGUGCAGAAGAGCUGAUGGACAAGAACAGGAACCUGAUGGAGGAUGUGAGACAGCAGAAGUUGGAGGCUGAGGCUUUGCUGUCUUCUGGUAUACGACAACAACAGAGAGCAGAUGAACUGUUGGCUGAAGCUGAUGCGGCUAGGGCCAAAGCACGAGAGGCAGUCAGUCUGGGAGAAGACACCCUGGAGGAUGCCAAUGUUACUCUCAACAUUUUACUGAAAUUUGACAAGAAGGUUUCCGAGAGCAAAGAUGAGGCAGUGAAUGCCCUGGGACAAGUCAGUGUCAUCGAGCAACUAAUUCGUGAGGCAGAGAGGAAGUCAUCGGAGGCAAGAAAUGCCCUGAGUGGCGCCGAAACUGACGCCAACAUAGCCUAUGACCUUGCUGAACAAGCCAAAGAGACAGCUUACAACGCCUCAAAUGAAGCCAGCCGUAUCCGUGGCGACUCGGAGAGCACCAAGACAAGGGCGUCAGAUCUGAAAGACAGAGCUGACGAGAUCGCUGGAAACGUCAAGAUUGCCAAUGAGAGUAUUGUGCAGUUUGAAAGUCAGGCAUCAGAUGAUGAGAGACUGGCCCAAGAGGCAUUGGAAAAGGCUAACCAGGCCAAAAUUAUAGCCCAGGAUGCCUCCAGCAAAGUUCAGGGAGCACUGCAGACUGUGAAUGAUAUCCUGAAGAUUCUUGGUCAACAAGAGGACGUGGACAUAGCCAAACUAGAGGAACUGGAGAGAGAUUUGGAUGACGUAGAGCAGCAGAUCAAGGAUGCUGAUUUGGACGCCCAGUACAACGAACUGAAAUUGGCCAAAGAACAGCAGACGAUUCUCGUCCAGGAGUUCCGCGUUGACUUAGAAAAGUUAAGGAGGGACGUGAACAACAUCGAGGAGAUCAAAAACAAACUGCCAGAAGGUUGCUUUAAACGGGAGCGACUAGAAACCGAAAUUGUAGGUCGCUAGCAGUAGCCCCGUGCUGCACUCUAGCACAAGAUAACAGUAUAUUUUGUAUAAGGGGGAAAACUCUAUGUUUUCUGGGAUAUGUACAUAGAUGUGUAGGGACAGCUGUCAAGGCAGGGCCCGCUAGCGCUUAUUCUCUUGCAACGGGUGACAGGCCUUCGAAGUGUUUAACCAGGUAACCCCUUAAAGGUCGUCCACGUUUGUCAAUGUAGGGUGGAAGCAUUAGCAUUUUACACGUCUGGAUCUACUUCCACUUCUCCAGUUCCUAUUCCUCAUUUUGUGGAUUUGAACCUCUAACCAUUCCAAGCGUAGCUGUCUUGAGUUAUUUUGUUUUCGUGGACUUCUGGCUUUGUUUGCGAUGAAUAUUUCAUGUUUCAAAUAAACCCACAUGUCGUACAAUCCUUCUAGACCAUAUUUUAUGGACAGUUAGAAAAGCAAUCAGUCAUUUGUGUCUGCCAAAUUUGAUCACAAAAACAUCCAAGGGAUAAAUUCCUGUUGAUGAUAGACCUAUACUUAAAUAAGUAUUUAUUGAACUUACAUAACUGUUGGUUGUUAAAAAGCUGAUUUCUCAAUACAAUGCUUCAUUGCUUCAAAGUAGCCUGGUAGAUAUGAGAGAGAACUUCGGGUGUCCUGGUUUGACAGCUCCACAGAGGGGUGGGGACAAACCCUGUGUUAGUUAGACAUAUACAUAUUAAAGUUUGGUGUGUUUGUCAGCCUGUAUGUGUGUACGUCCAUGUGUUCAGUGUCACAUACAUGUACAUGUAACUGUGUUAAAACGACAAAAAUCAACUAAACGAAACCACGACCUCAUAUUUAUUUUACAUAACCCGAAUAUGAUUUCUGUACCUUACCUAGUCUCAUGUUACUUUAUAUCCUAUUCAAUUCAAACUCCACCCAACCAGUCAAUCACUCAAUCACCCAAACAAUCAUAUUCAGUUGUCUUCAUCAUUCGACAAGUAGAUCUGAUUAAUUAUUUGUCUAUCUUUUUUUCGUGAAGUCACCGAUAUUAUAUCGGUUGAUUGCGUCUGGUUGGUAAAUACUUCUUUGUUGGUGGCGUUCUAAACUGUUGCGUAUAUGUACAUGUAGCCUACAUUAAACUUAAUUACAAUGAGUUUAAGCAAAAGGGUCCAGAAAAUUUGUGAUGUUCUUUUUGGUGAAAUUAGCUCAUGUAAUUUCGUUUGUGAAGAAUCCAUUGUGGGGGUAAAUAAUGUAGAUUCUUAAGGAUUUUUUGUUAAACUGAUUUUAUGGAUACGAAAACAUUCGGAAGCAUCUUAUACAAAUUUAUUUUACGGAUCAAGCGAUAUUAUAAGACUGACUGGGGUCAGCGACCAGACUUCAUCAAGUGUUUAUCAUUUUGACAAGAAUGAUUCGGUAAAUCUGUGUCAAGGCAUUCUCCAUGUAAACAGAAAUGUUUCCUAAUGAAUCGUGCGUUAUGGCUUUUACACCAAACUGAUUUUUGCAAAAGCAUGAAUGGUCCAUUGCGGAUAGCUUCCUUUUAUGUCAGUAUAUCAACGAGAUUGUCCUCCUCUAAGGAAUAAUUUACAACUCAUUAGUGGCCCUAGUAAAAAGCAGUUUAAACAUGUUUUGUUGGUGGCUGAAAGUAGUGCUUACAUAAGUGCCAAAUAUAAAACCAUUGUCCCUCGGAUGGGUUGAGGAAUGAAUUUCUCUCGAGCCGAAGGGUAAAAAAGGCCUUUCCGUUGCUAAAUGUUGUUUGAUUCUAGAAACAUGUCCACAAAGUUGAGAUUUGGGAAAUCAAGAGGAAAAUUUAACUCUUCAGUUCAAGCCCAGGAAUGAAAAAAAUUGUUGGAAAGUUUCGAAAGACAUCAAGAUCGGUACUUACGGGAUCAAGGCAUUGAAGAUGUUUUUACAUUGUUCAACGAGAAAGGCGCUUUUUUUUUACCUCCGUGCACAGGAGAAUAUUUCAUCAACCUGUAUAUAGACCUCAAAUACCUCAUGCACUUUACGGAACACCUAAACAGGUAAACUUACUGUGAUUUGGAUAGUGUUUUAUUUGUUCCUUUAAACUUGUGUUAAAGACGUGCCAGUUCAGCUUACAAGUUCGCUUGAAACGAAGAUUUUUCCACUGUAUAUAUCAUGUAUUGUACUUCACUGUGGAUAGCUAUCAUCCCCGUGACCUUGUCAUCAAUGAGGUACAUUUUCCCAUGCAAUGGCGACUCGGGUCCAAGCUGGAUGAACCACCGGUUUAAUGUAAUACAUGAGUAUUAUGUUACCAGAUUGCCCAUAAAAAUGGUCAAGGCAAAGAGAGGAAUUUACAGUAGAGUGCAUAGCUACGUCCCGGGUUUAGGCGGGAAAUGUUCCUCAUUGCUGUACUGCUCGUAGGUUUAAAAUCACCCCAAGUGUACACUUGGAUUACUUACAGCGAUUAAACCUUUAAAGACUUUACAAGGUAGAUUAGUUAAAGUAUUCAUGCUGCACAGGAUUUUGUCGACGCUGUUGUCUUGUUUCGGGAUCUAAAUAUCCCACGUUGAAUGUUUCGUGUUCUUCUGAUACUCACAAGUUAAAAAACAGAAGCUCUCUCUGUUAUAUUUUCGUCAAAACACUUGUGGGUGGCUAAUGACGUAUUUAAACUCUAUGUUUAGGGCACUUCUUAGAAAUAAUAAUUUUUGUUUCGUGUGUUUGCACGUGUUUUAAUAUUUACUGUUUUAUAAACCUUCAUUAUGCAUCUAAAGUUAAUGAAAACAAAAAAGUGAAUGACAUGAGUGAAAAAAUCACUUCAGAGUGUACCCAAAGCUACCCUAUGUGUUUUUGUUAGAUUUUUUAAGAUUGUUUUGAGUGUACAAUCCAUUCUAAUGUUUGGAUUCCAGUUCAAAUACCCAGCAUUGCCAAUGUUGUCGAUCAAGCCCACCAUAGAAUUCAAGAGGUACACUAUUUUAUUUAGCUUCCGCAAAAUCUGAAAGAAAAAUUAUAAAGGUAGUUUUGGACGUAAAUGGUCUUGCCUCUUGACACCUUUGUUCCCUUUUACUUUAGCCAGUCAUAUAUGGACAUUAAUAAUCCACUGGAAAGCAUAUUGCGUCGCAUGUAUAUAUAAUAUUUACAGUGAGCAUUCAGAGCACAUUACCCUUUUUUGAAUGGGGUAUUUACUGUCACUUUACUAUGUUUCUGUGAAACUACAUGUAUUUACAUGCACAUGAUCCAGUGUGGACUAGAAUUUUACAAUUGCAUUUCGAUAGAUAAAUUUUAAAAUUUGGUAGCAUUUGUAUGUUGCAUAAUGUGAGGAACAGUUUCCAUAUAGAAAGACAUUUUUAGAAUUUUAAAAGUUGUUGUUUUUUUUUUUCUCUGAAAUCAGAAUUAGGCGAUAGAAGUAAACAGUUGUUUAUGGUAUGUAUAAUGCUGAAAAUUUUUACAUCAAUUCCCAGUGGUUGUUACGUCGUGUGGUGGCUAAAAUAUGUUUUAUUGGAAUGGCGAAGCAGAUUGUUUGGUGAUUCCUUAAUGUCUCCUUAUGCCUACUACACAGCUUCAAACUUAAGUUUUCUUCUUAGUAGUACCCAGUUAAUUGUAAUAGCUUUGUGUUUAUUAAAGAAUAUUAGUGUGUCAGAAAUA